UCAAAAGAGCAUUUCCAGACAGAGACAGAUGUGUCUUACAUACUCAGAAUAGAAGGAAGUUACAAAAUCGUUCACCUAAAACAUAUAACUUUUAUAGUUCCAAACAUGCCUGUUUAUUCUUACAAUAUGAAAGGAGAGCGGAUAGCAGAUUAUCCAUAUAUUCAGGAUGAUUGCUAUUAUAAUGGAUACGUGGAAGACGUCGCAGACUCACAGGUUGUCCUCUCCAUCUGCAACGGGCUUUGGGGAUAUGUGCGGAUCGAGACCUUAAACUACGAAAUCGAACCCAUCGAGAGUUCUUCCACAUUUCAACAUAUUAUUUAUCGAAGAGCUCAAGAGGAGCGCGAGCCCUGCCGGGGAAUCCUGCAAGAUGGAGCCAAUUUGACCAAUCUGGCAUCGAUUCCGACGGUGUUCGAUGAUAACUCAGACUCCUCCGACAGGGAGGGGGACCGCCUUGAAUCUCACACAACUGACAGAUACCUGGAGUUCUACUGUGUUGUGGACAGAAGCAAGCUUUUCAUUAGACGGCAGAACGAAACUCAGUUGGUGCGGAACAUACUCAUUAUUAUGGCUGAUGUUCAUAGUAUAUACCUGGAAAUAGGUCUUCAUGUUUAUUUGGUAGGCUUGGAGCUGUGGACAGAGAAAGACCACGCCAGAAUUGGUAAAACGCUCCCCGAAACCCUGCGGGAAUUUCAAGCCUACGCCUCCAAUCAGCUCCUGCCCCACGUCAAUUUCGACCACUCCACCUUGAUCACGACUCGAGGGGAUCAUCUUGGAAUUACGUCAGCAGAACAUUAUUGUCAAUACAAUUUUGCUUCAGUGUCCGUGAUUCGAUCAGUGGGCAGCCUGAAAUCUGACGCGGACCAGAUUGCGCACGUGCUGGGCCAUUCCCUUGGCUUCUUCCAUGACGACCUCAGCCAGUACUGUGAUUGCGACUGCUUCCAGAAGCCCGGCUCUUGUAUCAUGCGCUCAGACUACAGCACUGGAGCAUGUCGAAGGCUCAGCAACUGCAGCAGGCAUGUGUAUUACGACUUAAUAAGGAAACCGGGGAAAGAGUGUCUGCUGAACAAGCCGAAGAAAAGUGGUACUGGAAGCGCUAAGAUGUGGUGGAAACGGCUGCGCCCGCGGACUCCCCGGAUGAAGCACUGUGGACUGCGGCCAUUUCGGCGCAGGUGA